AUGGAAAGAAACGGAACCCAGUAUCAGAACAAUCACAACCGUAAUAACACAAUAAGAAAUUUAGUAGGUGUUCACCCAUCUCAGUAUGAAAGGAUUCUAAAGAGAAGACAGGAGAGGUACAGAACAAUGGAGCGCAGAGGAAGACCAGUCCCAUCAUACUUUCCAAUAAUGCCCCUUGGACUCGCUCUUAAUUAUUUGCAAUACCAAUUCAACGCGAUGAUGUACAACCAGAAUGGGAAUGGUAUUAACGCAAACGGAACGAACAACCAAGCGGCGACGAACAAUCGUGCUGGAAACAGAUACGUAAACGUGCCAAGAAAUACAUACAUGAGCCCAGUCUACAUGAACGCAUUGAACGCCAUGAACUACGUCCAACCGAACUACUACAACCAAAUGAACCAAAACUUAAUGUACAACCCCUACUACGGCUAUAGAGACGCAAACGGUCACCCGGUUGUGCCUAACCAGAAUAUGGCCGUGCGCAGAGUGUGCCCAUACAACAAUGGGCAGAACCCCAACGAACAGCCACGCCCAAAGAACCCGAGGGCCUCAAACACGAUCACAAACGACGUUGAAAAAACUGACGAGUCCAACGAUGUAAGGGAUAACGAGCCUCCAAGUCAAAGGGAUGCAGUUCAAACGUCGGACCAAGUUACAACACAGCAGCAAGAGGAUGUCAACCGCCAGUACUACAGAGUGGUUACACGCACACCUGACGAAGUUAACAUGGAAAAGGGAAUGGAAUCGAACACAACGGAAGCAUUGGAAUCAGGGACCGAAUCAAAUUCAUCCGGAACGAAUGAGGCAAUGAAGUCGCCAAUGACACCGGAACCAAUGGCAACGUACAUGGCAGCAAACGGGCCCGGAAUGGUCGAUCCGAAUAUGAUUCCAAAUGCACAGGAAAACAUGGACCCAAACAUGUUGGCAAAAGGACGAGGAGCCAUGCCACCGAAUAUGCCGCCAAAUAUGCCACCGAAUAUGCCACCGAAUAUGCCGCCAAAUAUGCCACCGAAUAUGCCGCCAAAUAUGCCACCGAAUAUGCCACCGAAUAUGCCGCCAAAUAUGCCGCCAAAUAUGCCACCGAAUAUGCCGCCAAAUAUGCCACCGAAUAUGCCGCCAAAUAUGCCACCGAAUAUGCCGCCAAAUAUGCCGCCAGCCAUGUUAGCAGCUAUGUUUCAAAACAUUCCACCAAACAUGUUAGCAGCCAUGUUUCAAAACAUGCCACCAGCCAUGUUAGCAGCCAUGAUACGAUAUAACCCGGCCUGCUUUACUCCAAGAAUGGGACCAGUGGCGCCAAGUAUGCUUUCACCAAUUGACUAUAAAAUAGCAUCAGACGCUUUCGCAACCAUAGCGUCAACGCUAACAUCGACAAAGGAGACAAAAAGAGGGUCAAGAAAUGUGUCAAACGCACAAAGAAAAGUGCUGCCAAACGGAGAGGCGAGGGAAGUAAGAAAUGUGCCAACCGUGACACGGAACAGAAAAUCGAACAAAUCAAAAAAAGCAGCCGUAGUUACGCAAUCGGCACCGAACGCAACAGGAACAAUCGAUCCCAAUACGCUACAAGGAACAACAGCAACAACCGGUGCAAAUAUGACACAAGUGGCACAGAAACCGUUGGAGCAAAAAACGGUACAGGAACCACAGGAACCACAGGUAACACCGGCACCAAUCCAGCCAAACGUACCGGCACAGAUGGAGCCGAAGGCAAUGGAGGCCAUGAGAGCAUACCUGGGACCAAAUUCUGCAUCAAACGUGGCAAAGUAUAUGGUUAAAAACAUGGUACCAUGCCCAUACGAGACGGGAGACAGUGUGGAUACAACGAACGUGAACAACGGACCACAGCCAUGUAACCUAGAUCUCGGACAACAGCAAUGUAACACCAACGUUAGUACUAACGUGAACGUUGCAAACAAUGAAGAUGAUGUGCAAAUAAUAGACCCUGAGCCUCAAGUAGUUAACCAGCAGCCCCAAGUAGUUAACGAGGAAGUACAGGUGGUUAACGAGGAGCAACAAGUAGUUAACGAGGAAGUACAGUUGGUUAACCAGCAGCCUCAAGUAGUUAACGAGGAGCAGCAAGUAGUUAACGAGGAGCAGCAAGUAGUUAACGAGGAAGUGCAGGUGGUUAACGAGGAGCCGACACAAAGAAGAACGAGAACUAGGGGAAACCGUAGAAACGCCAUUAGAGAGUUGUGCAAUCAAGUCCUAAGAGGCAGAGGUGGCCGUGGUACGAACCGCAGAACAAACAGGAACGGUAACCGUAACACCAGACGCAACGCAAACCGUAGCAACGCGAGCAGCACACGUCCAUGUACCGAGUAUGUCGACAACAGGUCGGCAGCAGGAAACGAAGGGGCACAAACCACAGUUCAGUGGCCGAGGAGAGAGUUGGAACUGUUGGCAAACCCGCAGUCAGGGACAGUACUAAAUGAACUGGUGCCGAGCAAGAGAACGAUUUUGGACGUCGACGGAGAAGGAUUGGUGAGGCAGGGCACGGAAGAGUUUGAGUGGAAGGCAGUGAAGAGGCACUGCGGAGAAGUAACGACCAGAAGCACAAUGUCAACCAUUGCGGAAAGCAUAAACAUGUAUAACUUCGUAGCAGCGUGUGACUUACUUCAUGAGCUCGAAGAAAUUGAAAAGGAAAACAAAAUCAAGGAAAUGAAAAGACUACAGAACAAAGAAAUCGGCGAACAGAGCCCGGAAGUAAACGAACAAGUUAACGUGGCAAAACAGGUUGAUAUACAGCAGCUGGUAGGUAGCUACCCGUUCCAGGACUACCGAAUGAACAGCGAGAUAUACCCAUCGUUCUUCUAUGCGCCAAACAUCAAUGAACUGAUCAUCCACAACUACCUGUACGGAAAAUACCUGAUGGAGGUAGGGCCUGAUGGCAAAGUGCCCUACGGUUACUACGUAACACCAGCAGGGUUUUAUGCGGAAAACUAUGUGGACCCAGGUAACGUAGCAUUGACGGGAAAUCAGUCGUUGGAAAACAGGGUGGACAGCGAGAACAAUACGGGCACUGAAAAUAACACGAACGACGGUAAUCGCUCAUCCAUCGAGAACAACACCAGCAAGAACACGUCGAUCGAAAGCGGCACUGAAAUCGACAACGCGGCAAACUGGAUCAGCGCAAACCAGGGGUAUUACGCACAGGACUACUACUACGGAGGGGCAGUUAACGUAGGAGGCUACUACCAGGAAUUCCCAAGCAUGAGCGCGGCAGAUCGUUUCUACCAACAGGCAGGGGACCUUGCAAAUAUGAAGUUCGAAACAGCAUGCGAAUACGUCUCCAGCCAGUGUAACUUGGACCAGCAGAUAAGCACGGGACAGACGGGGCAGGAAAACGAGAACAGGAACCAGGGAAGAUCAAGUAACGAGGCCCAAAACCCGGACGACAGCCAAUCAAACGCAAACAAGUCCAAGGAUAAUGAAAACGACCAUCAAGUUAACGGGGGUGAAAUUCCUGCCAGAACGGAAGAGAGCGAUUGGGAGGAGGUUAAGAGACAGCUCUACGAAUCAUUCGACGAAGAUUAA